AUGGCUGAGCCUCCGGAUCCUCCAAUCAAUGUGAAGAUAGAAUGGGCUACUCCAACGGGCGGUGUUGAUUUGUAUUGGACCGCUCCGACUUACACUGGUCAUAGCCCCGUCACGAGUUAUAUAAUCCAGUAUCGCUCAGUUGGCGAGAGCUCUGAGUUCUUCACCAUUCCGCGCUACCCAAGUGGCGUGGAGCAAGGGCCGUAUCGACUUGAUGAAAGCGAUAAUCUAACACGAAGCCAAGAGUUCGAGUUCCGUAUGGCUAGUGUGAACACUGCUGGACAAAGUCAGUGGAGCGAAGUGGCAUCGAUAUGGGUUGGGAAUAGGCCAUUGCCUCUGCCCGAGAGGCUUGGCUUGUGGUUCUCUAUGGUCAACAAGACACAUGUGGGAGUGUCCUGGCCUCAGCUUGAUGAUGAAUCGUUGUUGAUGAUCCCCGAUAUUUAUGGGACUAGGAGGGACGCGUGGGGUUACGUCUUAUACGCUUAUGCGUUUACCGGUAACUAUACGCCUUCUGAAGCUUACAGGACUGCGGCAUCGGCGAACGUUACUAGCACCAUCAUCGCAGUCCCGACCGAGGCCACAUGUGGAGGUUUGUUCUGCAUUACAUUGCGAUUGUGGACACUAGUUGGUGACGGGUCAGAGAACCCAGAUUGGAGAGCUUGUACUGACACCUCGGACCUUCCUGGCACGCCCAUCGAUCCUCGAGCGGUACCAUCACCGAAUAAUGCUUCUAAUGCAUAUAUAACCUGGCAGGAGCCCACGUACACUGGGUGCCAUAUCAUAGUCCAAUAUCUUGUCGAGAUGUACGACACGGUGAUAUCGAAUCUUGACGGUCUCUGGUCUCCAGUCAGGUAA